UGAACUCGCUGAACUCAAAUGGUAGAAAGAAACGGUGGAAACAUUGAUUUGAUGACGGACGAGAAAUCGUCUACUUGAUUAGUAAAAGAUUAUUUUAGAAAAACAUUAAUCCAAGUAACCGAAAAUGCCGGACCAUUUAGGAGACGAUAUGCGUAAACUCAAGGAUGCGCCAGAAGAACCAGAAAAAGAGAUUAAAUCACUCGAUGAAGGCGAUAUAGCUCUAUUAAAAUCAUACGGCCAGGGACAAUACACGAAAAUUAUCAAGGAGGUCGAGGAAGGUAUACAGACUGUGAUGAAGAGGGUGAAUGAAUUGACUGGUAUUAAAGAGUCUGACACUGGUUUAGCCCCACCAGCCCUGUGGGAUCUAGCAGCUGACAAGCAAACGCUUCAGAAUGAACAACCCUUACAGGUAGCGAGAUGCACAAAAAUCAUCAAUGCGGACUCAAAUGAUCCGAAGUAUAUAAUCAAUGUGAAGCAGUUUGCUAAGUUUGUUGUGGAUCUUGCAGACUCGGUCGCUCCUACUGAUAUUGAGGAGGGAAUGAGAGUUGGUGUGGACCGCAACAAGUAUCAGAUUCACAUUCCAUUGCCACCGAAAAUAGACCCGACAGUAACAAUGAUGCAGGUCGAAGAAAAGCCUGAUGUGACUUACAGCGACGUAGGAGGUUGUAAAGAACAGAUUGAGAAGCUCAGGGAAGUCGUGGAGACCCCAUUGUUACAUCCUGAGAAAUUCGUCAAGCUCGGUAUUGAGCCUCCUAAAGGUGUGUUAUUGUUCGGGCCUCCUGGUACUGGCAAGACUUUAUGCGCAAGAGCAGUCGCCAACAGAACUGAUGCCUGCUUUAUCAGAGUUAUUGGUUCGGAGUUGGUGCAGAAAUACGUAGGAGAGGGUGCUCGUAUGGUCCGCGAAUUGUUCGAGAUGGCGCGAAGCAAGAAGGCCUGUCUUAUUUUCUUUGAUGAAAUUGAUGCCAUUGGUGGUGCCAGGUUCGACGAUGGCGCUGGUGGCGACAACGAGGUCCAAAGAACUAUGUUGGAGUUGAUCAACCAACUCGACGGUUUUGAUCCUCGUGGUAACAUCAAGGUUCUGAUGGCCACGAAUAGGCCAGAUACCCUGGACCCUGCCCUCAUGCGUCCAGGUCGUUUGGAUCGUAAAGUGGAGUUCGGUCUUCCAGACCUUGAAGGUAGAGCUCACAUCUUUAGGAUCCACGCCAGAUCUAUGAGCGUGGAAAGGGACAUCAGAUUCGAUCUGCUGGCUAGACUUUGUCCUAACUCUACUGGAGCUGAAAUUAGGUCGGUAUGCACCGAAGCGGGCAUGUUCGCGAUCCGCGCCCGUCGUAAGGUCGCCACAGAAAAGGACUUCUUGGAGGCAGUCAACAAAGUCAUCAAAUCCUAUGCCAAGUUCUCAGCAACACCACGCUACAUGACUUACAACUAAAUCAAUGCCUUAUAAAUUAGUAUUUUAGUGCAUUCUCCUUUGUAAAAAUCAUUAGCUCUUACGUCUAAUUGAUUUUGCAAUGGUAAUGCAUUUGAAUGUAACGGAUUUUCAUUGUGCAUACAAUUUGGUUGGACACAAAUUCGUGCAUAAUUUU